GCCGUAACCGCCCCUUCCCCCUGCCCUGCCCUGCCCUGCUCCGCCUUCCCGGAGCGAGAAACCAAAAGAGACGCCUCCCUUUGCGCUCCGCUGGCUCCCCGCUGAAAAUGUCCGGGUUUAGUUUGGAUCUGGGGCCCGUCAAGGAGCCGAUCGGCUUCAUCAAAUUCCUGCAAUGGAUAUUCUCCAUUUUUGCCUUUGCUACCUGUGGUGGAUAUAGUGGGCAAACAUCUAUAUUUCUCACGUGUAGAAAUGCCCAAAAUAUCACAUGGACCCGUGAUUUCUUCUAUCCUUUCAGGUUGAGCAAAAUUUCAUUUGGACCUCUGGACUCAACAGCAAACUGCAACAAUACUUGGCCCUCGUCCGUGUACUUGGUGGGAGAUUUCGCCUCCUCUGCUGAAUUCUUUGUGACUUUUGCUGUUCUUGUAUUCCUGUACUGCACCGCUGCCUUAAUACUGUAUCUCGGUUACAUGCACUUGUAUCGAGGUGCUGGAAAACUCCCCAUGAUUGACUUCAUCAUUACAGUCAUCAUUUCUUUCCUGUGGCUGGUCAGCACAUCAGCCUGGGCAAAGGCACUUGUUGAUAUCAAAACGUCCACCGGAUCCAACAUAGUUACGGGAACUGACUAUUGCACUACACAGCCUGGGUUUUGCCAUUUCAAUGAGAUCAGGAGGAUGGGAUCCUUGAAUGUGUCUGUGGUUGUUGGCUUCCUCAACCUGAUUCUGUGGGCUGGCAAUGCUUGGUUUGUCUACAAGGAAACUAACCUACAUAAUCCUCCCUCCAGCACUUCUCCAAACGACACCAGUUCUCCGUCUCCUUCAGGGAUGUGAAGAGUCUGAAAAGGCCUUUGGUAUGGAAAAGCACCUCUCGCCUCAGGAUGAUCCUCGUGGCUGUUACCUUCCCUCUCCUCCCUCCUCCAUUGUGUAAUUGUUGUGUGAAAAAUUGAUGGGUUUCCCUUUUGGGUUUCAUGUUUUGUUUUUGCUCCGAUGCCGAGGACAGAACCGAAAGUGACACCAUGCAUGAGGACCAUUACACUGCAUGAAAGCUUGUUCUCUGGAUUGAAAAAGAGGAUUUUGCUGUCUUGGGUUCGAAGGCUCCAUCAUGUUAAUAAAAGAUUGAGUGGGCAGCAUUUCAGUUGAUCAAAGGCAGUUUGUCAUGUGUGUGAUUAGGGUUGAGUUUUCCCCGCUUGAUAUGAAGUACCACCCCUAUCAGCAUAUGCUUCUUAGAAGGAAGUCCCCCCCUGAAUUCAGUGGGACUGACUGUCAAGUAAGCAUGCUUAGAAUCCUGCCUUUGGAUUCCCCAGAAGGGAGUUGCGCUUAAAGCAUCCAGUUUUAUACUGAUCUUGCCUUUCUGACUGCUGUCCAGAAUGCAUAAAUGCCUGGGCUUUGCAGUCGGUUUACAUCAACCGUAACUCUGGGAGUUCUUUAAAGCUAGAUAACUUACAAUGCUGGUAGUUGGUCUUCCCCCCCCCCCAAUAUUCUCAUCUACAAACUCAACAGACUUGGCUAAUGUGGCCCUUGUGAGCAUGUCGCAUGUUAUGUAGUUAAAGGGCCCCAGGUCCCCCAAAGCUGCUGCACACCUUGAAGCUCCACAGCCACCACAACCUCUCUCAUAGUCUUGGUGCAACUGCAAUAAAAGAGGCCACUGAGUUGUAAUCCUGAAUAUUGUUGAACAUUGUGAAACCCAUGGGCAGUGAUCUUGCAGAUUGUAUUUAAUUAGCUUGUUAAUGACACUUGAAUUCAGAUUAGGUUUUAACCUGGCCUGGACUACUCUGUUUCUUUUCACAAGCUGGAAGGGGUCUCCUCAAAUGUCACUCACAUGCUUAGCGUGGCUGAAAAAUAAUGGUGCAGGAUGGCAGUGAAUUCUGCUGAUGAAUCCAAGGAACCUGCAGGAAAGGUGAUGUCUGAUCGUGGCUUCCAAUUUGUUGAAAGGGAUUCUAAACAAGAGUUUAAUUUCUAGUCCUUCUGGCAGACAAGACAUUCUGUAAAAUAAUGAUCAGCAUCACUUAAGGCUGUGAAUUUAUGCUUCUUCCUCUUAAAAAAAUAUUUGAUCCAACCCAAAGCAAAAUCUAUAUGCCAAAGAAUCAGGGCUUUAUAUAAACUAUACAGAAGCAUGGGGGGCGGGGAGAAAUCACACUGUGAAGGAGUUGACAAUUGCUUUUUUUCUGUCAAGCACCAGGAAAUUCAGGAGAUCCAGACAGUUCAAAUGGGUUUAAAGAUUUAUUGUAAUCUUGAGCUUGCAAGAAUCUGAACUAUUAACAGCCAAGGGGAAGGAAUUCAAGAUGGGCUGGACUUAGAUUUCUUGUGGGCACAAAGAGACUCAAGACUGAUGGUGUGUUUGACCCCUCCCUCCAGCCCAGCCUGGUCAUCUCCUAUAUUUUCUGGGUAAAUAUACAUUUUAUGAUUGCAGAAUUUGGUGUGAGGUUUGGAGGGGAUGGUUUUUCUGGCACAAUUUUCCAGAGAUCUUGGUUUUAAUACUGUCAUCCAAAUAUUUGGUUUUAAUUUUUUUUUUUUAAAUUGGCUAGAAGUUGAGGUUCUGUUUGUCAUGAUGUCAAAUACCAGAAAUGAAGAGACAGAAUCUCUGGAAGUGAAAAUGUAUCUUGCAUGAUUUUUAUUUUUCUAACUACCAAUAGAAGAGAAUAUUUGUAGCUCAAGGCUGAAUUGUGGGGUCCUUGGUGCUCUCUGAGCAUGGUGGUUUUCUUGCAGACAUUUCAUUACCACACUAGGUAAUAUUAUCAGUCCAUUUAUGCUAACUUUAAUCAUGUUUCCCAUUCUGCCAUGUAUGAAUUUGCCUCAUUAGCUGCUGUUUUGUUGCCUUGGAUGUGCCUUUAUUACAACUUGCUUUGCCAAGGUAUUCCACCAUGGUUGUGGAAAUCCACAAAAGUUUCUGAUUGCAAAUUUAUGUAAAGAACAUGUAUGUGUUCUUUGGAUUGAUUCUUAAAAUAAUGGGCAAUGUGAUCAGCCAUGUAUCAAUUUUUGCUCUGAUUCCUAUUCAUGCCUAGAUGUGCUUGUAUGAUUUUUUUUCCUCCCCUUUUAAUAUAAUUUGCAUUUACUUUC